AAGGAAAGGUCAGAAGCCAUGGAGAGUGGUGAAGGUCCAGCUCAGAGGCCUGUCACUCUGGAUAUCACCGGGGCAACGGAACUCCAAACAGCACCUGAAGUCCCUGCCCCCUUAGAACCCAGUGGCUCUGCCCAGCCCAACCUCACUGAGGCCCUGUUCCCUGAAGAGAGUAUUGACUUGGGCGGUGAAACGUUCGCCUCUCCUCAGGACGACAGCGCGGCGUCUGAGAGCACCAUGGACAAACUCAACGACCAAAUGAUGGAGAGUGUGAUGAUCUCAGAUUCCCCGAACAGCGAGGAGGAUGACGUCGUUCCCAUCGAUUCACUGAUGGAACAGAUAGACGAAAAGGAAGCUCAAGAGGAGGAGAGCAAACAGCACGAGGGAGAAAGAGAAAAGGGUGAAGAGAAAGAGGGAGAGAGAGAGACUGAAAAAGAACAGAUUAAGCCUGAUAUUAAAGUAGAACCUGAGGAACAGUCUUUAGAAGCCUUGACGGAAGAGAAGAAAGGGGAGGAUGAGGGAAAAGGCGAGAUGGAAAAAGAGGAAACAGCCGCACAGGGUGGAGAAGAUUCUGGCAGCCCUGGCAGCCCUGAAGCGCAGGACACAGAACUAAAGGUGGACAAAUCCCCUAAAGAGGAGCCUGUUCCAGUCUGUACCAUUUUCAGUCAGACAGCCCAGCCCAAAGCUCAGGCUCUCGCUCCAGAUGGCUUUCAGCCCAUUCUGGUCAAAUCUCCCAGUUUCAGCAGUGGUGGAGGUAGCGGCAGUAAUGCAGAGACUCCGAGCAAAGUUGCCCCGCAGGUCUGCCAGCCUAGCCCCAGUCUCAGCAAGUUCUUUACUGAUAAUGGUUCUGUCAAUCCAGCCUCAGAUUUCUUUGAUUCUUUUACCACCUCUUCCUCUUUCAUCUCUGUCAGUAACCCCAAUGCGGAGUCACCCACGAGUGCUGGCUCCACCCAGCACCAGCUCUCAUCAGGUUCCAAUGUGUUGACUCCUGUGCCCGUCUCAGGCCUUCAGGAAACAGGAACCCCAAGUGGUUACCUCGCCGCCGAAACCCCCACUGACCCUCCCGCGGGUCUGGCGGAGGCUGCUCCGCCCAUGACCAAACUACAGGCGGUGUUUUCGGGAAGUGAUGACCCAUUUGCCACUGCGCUUAGUCUGAGCGAGGUGGACAAGCGUUAUGAUGCCUGGCUGCAGUCUGAGGAGACCCGGAGAAUCUUGAUCUCCGUGGCAACGCAGCAGGUCAACCGCAUUCACGUAGAGAGGGAGCGGCUGACCAUGCCUGGACUCAAGUUUGAUAACUUGCAGGUGGAUGCAGUGAAGGAGCUGAUGGUGCGUUUUCUUGGAGACCAGGCAGCCAUGAAGAGGCAGGUCCUGACAGCAAACUCUGUGGAACAGAACGUUCAGGGACUCCGACAGUUAAUUAGCACUAAGAACUGGAGGGCAGCUGUGGAUCUGACAGGCAGGCUACUGACGGCUCACGGACAGGGCUACGGGAAGAGUGGCCAGCCCACCAACCACACUACUGACUCACUACAGCUGUGGUUUGUUCGAUUGGCACUGCUCACUAAGUUGAGCCUGUUCCAGAAUGCUGAGCAGGAGUUUGAACCAUUUGGAAAUCUGGACCAGCCAGACCUGUACUAUGAGUACUACCCCACCAUUUACCCCGGGCGGAGAGGUUCCAUGGUGCCGUUCUCCAUGCGUGUGUUAUACGCUGAGUUACCUCAGUACCUGAUGAAGCCUCAAGACUCUCUGGACCGACUCCACAGUCUGAGGACCGUCUGCCAGAAGAUUCUGGAUAAUCUGGAAGCAGGUUUGGCUGAAGAUGGGAGUAUGAUGAACCUCACGCAAGAAAACAGACAAGCCUCUAUUCAGCUGUGGAGGUCACGUCUAUGUCGGGUGAUGUAUUCCAUGGCGAAUUGUCUGCUGAUGAUGAAGGACUAUGUGUUGGCAGUGGAAACAUAUCACUCUAUCAUCCGUUACGAGCCUCAGCAGAGAGUGCAGCUGCUCAGUGGGAUUGGACGCAUUUUUCUGCAGAUUGGAGACAUAAAGACAGCAGAGAGAUAUUUCCAGGAUGUGGAAAAAGCCUGUCAAUCAAAGGGACAAGGACCAAACCAGGACACAGCCAUUCUCAUGAACAGGGCAUUCCUUUACCUCAGUCAGAAUAACUAUUCAGAGGCACACACCUGUUUCUCUAACAUCCUGAAUAUCGACCCUAAAAACCCAGUGGCCAAUAACAAUGCGGCAGUGUGUCUACUGUACCUGGGCCGGCUGAAAGAGUCGCUCGGUCAGCUGGAGAGCCUGGUAAAACAAGACCCUGAACUGUACUUACACGAGAGUGUUCUCUUCAAUCUCACUACCAUGUAUGAACUGGAGUCUUCCCGCAGCACCCAGAAAAAACAGGCCCUGCUGGAGGCAGUGGCUUGUCGAGAGGGGGAUAGCUUUAACACUCAGUGUCUUAAACUGGUGUAGCGGGGCUGAUGCAUAGCCCCCACUGCAGAACAGAGAGGAGGGCAUUAGCUAGGCGCACAGGCUGGUGUUCUGCUGGGCUUAUCUGACACUGCUUGGAAAUUGACCACAAAUUGACCCAGUUGUUUGCUGACCGGGUUAAAGAGAGCAAAAGUUUCUGACACAAACCUAGAAUGACAAACGGGAUACAUGCUGACAUCUGAGGAGAUUUUGUUCCCCACUUUGUCUGUUUACGACCAGAGUCUACAUGUACCCAUACCCUCUGCAUCAGGUGAAUUUUACAAGGUCAAAAGAGAAAAGCAACAGAUCCAGUUGCACCGCGUACUUAGAGAUUUGUGGAUCUCCAUUCAAACAGAUGGAAUGUAAUGUAGAUAUAAAAACUCCCAAAAAUGUAAAUAUAUUUAACCAGAAAUGAAUCAAUCAUGACCCUCCAUAUUGUUCUUAUUGAUGUGAUUUUUCUGAAAGUUUUUAUUAUUUUAAGUGAAUGUGCGUUAUUACUCUAAUCACUGUACUGUAUGUCUCUGGAUACUACAAAAGGAAUCUUGAUUAUCCCAAAUAAAAUUUUAUUGAUCUUGCCUAAAAGAAGAUAAUUCUAGUGAAAUAAUUCUCCAUAAUGUGACUUUAAGGAAAGAAAGUUCAAAUCCUUACGAAAAAGAAUCAGCAAAGACAUAUUUCACCUGAAAUAAAUGUUUACACUAAGAAAUAAGCAUUCAUUGUAGGACUUUCAAACAAAUGUCUCUAUACAAAAUCUAUA